AAUGCUUUAUCUGGCGGUCCGGUUUAUAAGUCAUCUCGUUAACCCUCGCCUUAGAGGAAGAGGAGAAUAGAGAGAGAGAGGGAGAGCGGAAGCCUCCGGUCUCCGGAAGCGUGGACACACAGGGGGUUGCCGGCUGCUGUCACCAUCUGCUGUUAACGCUGCGUCAGGAUGUGGGUCGAGGAAAAGGCCAAACCGGAGUCGAACCGGAGGACAGUCGGCAUGCGCCAGCAUUUUGUUAACGGUCUUGUUUACUGCACUGGAGACAUGAUGCACUUCAGCCAGUACAUGGAGGACAAGGCCUUCAUUUUCCAGCUGUUUGAGUGGAGCAUGCGGGGUGUAGCCAGGGUCAUCCUGGCCAACAACCCCCUGAGUGGUGUUCUGAUCCUGGGAGCACUGGUCUGGGCCUCCCCCUGGCAGGCUCUACUGGGGACCCUGGGUCUACUGACCUCUACACUCACUGCUGUUAUCAUAGGACAGGACAGUGAGGAGGUAUCCGGAGGUCUCCAUGGGUUCAAUGGUAUGCUGGUGUCUCUGUUGAUGGGGGUGUGCAGCUCUGCAGGAGACUGGUACUGGUGGCUGCUACUGCCUGUCUUUCUGGGGGGAGCUACCAGUACGUUCCUCUACAGUGGCCUGGCUCCCCUGCUAGAUAAGUGGGACCUACCUGUGGCUGUGUUCCCCUUCAACAUGGUGAUCCUGCUCUACUUGGCCUGUACUGGCUCCUCUAACCCCUACUACCCUCACCACCCUGCCACACCACUAGGGGAGCUAGAGAGCAAUGCUACCCAGCUCAGCCUCACUCAGCUCCUGCAGGGGGUGCCGUUGGGUGUGGGUCAAAUCUAUGCCUGUGAGGACCUGGGCCCGUCUGUGUUGAUCCUGGGAGCGACGCUGCUCUACUCACCUCUACUGGGCUCACACGCCCUACUGGGCUCUGGGGCCGGCACACUCGCAGGUCUGUCGGUGUCAGUGCGUCACGGGGCCCUGUACUCCGGGCUGUCAGGGUUUAAUGGAGCUCUGGGUUGUAUGGCCGUGGGAGGACUGUUCUUUACCUUCAACUGGAGGACACACCUCUUCUCUAUUGCCAGCGCUUUUCUUUCUUCGUAUGCUGAUAUCGCCCUGAGUAAUCUACUGGGAACAGUGGGCCUCCCAGCAUGCAGUUGGGCAGCAACUCUGACCGCCACUCUGAUGCUGCUGCUGACAGGGCGGAGCCUGUCUGCAUACCGCAUCCCUACUGGUCGAGUCAUGGCUCCGGAACAGAACAUCCGCUGUCAUAGCCAAUGGGCUGCCAGAGAGACCACAGACAGCACUGACGUAUAGACACAUACACACAACUGCCUGAACCCAUAAAAUGUCCAUAUCGAUAUUGUCCACAUGAUGGCGCUCUGAGUCUGGCAGGUGUAAGCGAGUUUCCGCUCGGUAGCCUUCAGAUCGAAGAUCAGCUUCCCCUCCCCUGAUCCUAACCUUAACCCUUAGAAUGAAACCAUAUGCAAAACUGACCUAGGAUCAGCAUCUAGGAGCAACUUCACCCUACACUGAACCACAGGGUCAAGCACAUACAGAAAGGAGGAGAUGUACAUAGCCUUUCUGGCUUCACUGGGCCUAUAAAGGGACCGAUUGAAGUCAAUGUCUUUGACUCAGUGUUGUAGGCUACAAUAGGCUACAUGCUGAUUAAAAAUCACUUUCUGUGUCUCCGUCUGUCAUUGUAGCCUGUGAAGGCCUGCUACUAAGCUUGUCAAAUAAACCAUUUUCCACUUUCA